CUCUCUAAUCUCUAUGGUUGUUGUGUGUGUCUGAGGAAUGAGGAUAAUACCGGACCGGUGCCUCCGCAGAAGGCCAUGACUCAAAAAUCAGACAUAGUAGCGUAAAGAAGCUGGCUUACUAUCUUCAAAUCAUCAGACGUAUGGUCAUGGCCUCGGCAAUUUGUACUCCCACAUUCUCAUCACCGUCCUCUGCAAAAUCUGUUAUUUACUCCGUAUCUUCUUCUCACACUUCACACCCCAAAACCCCAAAAUUUCAUCUUUCCAAAUGGGUUCCUCCACUGGGUCUCAGUAUUUUUUCUCCGUGGAGCGGCCUCAAACAUCUGGGUAUCUCAAUCACACCAAAGCCUCUCAAUUCAGAGAGGAAGGAAAGGUGUAAGGGUAAGAUGGUUUAUGCAUCUCUGUUUGGGGUUGGAGCUCCCGAGGCUCUGGUCAUUGGGGUGGUAGCUUUGUUGGUUUUUGGUCCCAAAGGUCUUGCUGAGGUUGCUCGAAAUUUGGGGAAGACUUUGCGUGCAUUUCAACCCACCAUUAGAGAACUUCAGGAAGUUUCGAGGGAUUUCAAGAGCACCCUUGAAAGGGAGAUUGGUCUUGAUGACAUAUCAACGGAAAACAAAAUCAGCUCGAGCAGACCCAAUGCCACAUCAACCCCAUCAUCUACUACGAUCACCAAGGAUUCUCAAACUGUAGUUGAUCCCAAUGGUGCUUCAUCCCCAAACAGAGCAUAUACCACUGAAGAGUACCUAAAGAUCACAGAAGAGCAGCUAAAGGCAUCUGCUGCCCAACAGCAGGUUCAGGUACCUCCUUCAGGAGAAGGUGAGUUGGAAACUCAAACCCAGCCCCAAGCUACAAUACGAGAAGCUACAAUGCCUCCACCUCAAAAGCCUGAAAGUGAGAAAUGAAACUUCAUGAAGGAAAACGAAAGGUAUCUCAGAAGCCCGAAGUGAGACAUGAAACUCCAUGUAUAUGAUGAUUGGGGCCAAAAAAAAAAAAAAAUUAUUAUUAUGCAGUCGUUCAUAUUUCAUUGUUUGUUAACUGCGAGAGUUUAGAAAUUCAGUAUUGGUUCAAGAGGACAAGCAAGCAGUUGUGGGUGUCGCUGAGUUGGUUGUGGAGUAGAUGAUUUUGUAGCAACCAAGAAAUUCUAAAUUUUGUGAAUGAAUUAGAUUCUUUUUUCAUGA